CCCGCGAGGCAGUUUAUCGAGAGCAACGGUCGUGCGUGCGUCGCGUGCUAGCGAAAGUGCGUAUCUUAGAUCGACGUCUUAACGCUAUCGCCCGUAUUUUGUUGUUACGAGACAAUUCACACAUUAUUUUAUGUAAUGUAACCAAGUUUUUGUCUUGCUGUUAAAACUGUCGAUAAGAAGAUAUCGGUGGAUUAUCGGCGGAGACGUUGCGCUUCAGCUGAGAUUCUCGACGGCUCAUCGAUCGCGUUUCUCGAGGACAUCGAUUGGAAGUCGCGCGAAAUUCGCGCGUGAAGGAUGAGUAAGAAGAUUCGCAAGCUGACGACGCGUGGAAUCGUCUCGGCACGAUCUGCGAGCUUGGCUUCUAGGACUCGAUUGUUGCGUUCCUACUUUGACAGUGUGAUGAUUCUCAACGAUUGGUCUUAGCUUCUGAUGCUUUGAACACCGUUCUGUUAACGCGUUAGUAUCCGAAGAACUUGGCGGCUUCUGUGCGCGUGAACAAAGUGAUCGUCUAUGAGCCUAUGUGGAUCAUCGAUGAUCCAUGAGACUUCUUCCAUGAUCGUGUAACCAUUUAAAGAUCCGACGUUUGCACUUUCGAGAAAAUUUGCGCCAGCCGAUAUAUCGAAGAAGUUUUUGCAGAUUUUCGACAGCGCCGAUCACACGUCUGCCGAUCACUUGAACUCGAAGAGGAAAACGCAAGGACCUCGUCGAAGACGACGUAAUUCAUUGCGCUUUCGACCGUUUAACUCUCCUAGUUUGUCUGCGCGACAACCCGACGUGAGCUUCAUACUCACCACAUUCACUAGCUCGAUCGGAUCCUCUCUUAGACGAGGCGCCUCCAGCUUCACCGAUGCUCGUCGCGAAGCUGGCGCAACGAGCACGCCGUUCUUCCCGUUUAUUCAACGUGAGGGCAGGUGUCGUUCGAUGAGUGAUACUCCCGAGUGACGAUCAUGGCCCAGGUACCAGAACCAGCGCCGGUGCAUUGCUACACCAACCCGUCGUUUUGCCGUCAGUCGGAGUACAUCCCGGACGAUCACGCGAGCAACGGCCUACCACCGCCGCCGCAGUUUCAAGGAAACGACGAUUUGCCGCCACCACCGCCGCCGUUGCAGCUGCAGUAUUAUGCAGGCCAGAGCAAUCCGGCCUUCCAGGAGCCGUCGGAGACGGCGGCGGUGGACGCGCGUGAGUCGCGCGACCGCUAUUGUUACCUGGACGAUAACAGGCCUCUUACGCACAGGAGGUACGCCAGUCUUCCGGUGGAGGAGCCUCGCGUGACCUACAAUCAGUCCUCGCGGUACGAGUACAUCCAGCAAGACGACGAGCGCAGCCAGUUAACGCGGAGGGGCUCCUCGAGGUACGAGUUCAUUCCGCGCCAGCAACAGCAGGUGCAACAACGUUCCGCGCCGUCGACCAACCAAGACGAUCGAGGAGGGUCGCAGACGCAGACCUGUCGCGCCGCUAAUGCCGGUAGAUACGCUCUUAUACCGGGUGAACAGGACUAUCAGGACGAAGACGCGCAGUGGAGCGGCGCCAAGUCGGCCCCGCGGCAUAUCAACACUCCGCAGGGCCGUUACAGCAGAGUUCCUCUGCAAGAGGAGAAUCCGCCGACAUUACCCGAGAGAAACGCACAAGAGCUCUCAGCCUCACCGAAGAACAACUUGGCUACGCAGAAGUUGCACGAGAUACUAACUACGCCCAGGAAACCAAGAUCCAGGUCCGAGGAAAGAACGCUUUCGCCGAGGAGGCAUCAGUCCUUCAACCGGACCAGCACGCCGCGGAGAAGGGCGCUUACUCCCGAUCGCACCUUCAGCCCCACGCGUUUAACUCCUCAAGGCACGCCACAGAGCCGAAUCUUCUCGUCCGCGGGGCCUCAGACGUCGACACCCAACAAGGAACCAUCAGCUCGCCGAUGCCUUCCGCUGUUGGAGAACCCGCCGCGACAGCAGGACGUCUGUCCGGCCAGCAAUUGCGGCCGGCUUCGUUACGUGGGAACUGCUCCAGUCGAUCUGAUAAACAUGAGCCACAGCGAGCCGCCUCCCCGCUACGCUUACAUGGAGAGCGGCUUGGAGUCCGUGCCGAUGGUGUCUGGAUCGCCCAGGUAUCAGGUGAUGCCUGCUGACCAGAAGACCUACCAAAGCGUCGAGAGCGCGUUCAUGGCUCGUACGGCUGUCGUACCACCGUUAUCACCGCCCAACAGCGACGCGAAUACGACUUUGGCGAGCGGCGUGGAAAAAGGUGACAGGAAAAAUGCGCCGUUUCUCUUGAUACUAGUUGGCGUAUUGACCUGUGGUCUUGCUUUAUAUUUGUCCUGGUCGCAAGGAAGAAGGUACUACUUCGACAGCGCAGCCGGCUGUGGUGCUUGCUGUACCCUGGCGGGUGCGUGUAGGAGUCUACGAAGGACGUGGACGGGAUUGGGUUUAGCUGGACUGUCGGCGUUAAGCUGCGCAGGUUUACUACUGCUCGCCGUCAAAUCCCCAAAAGACGGUACACCUCUUCACGACAUCACAGCGGGUGCUUUGUGCGGCGUGUCGGUUUUGGGUGCUGGUCUGGCCCUGCUGGCUCUUCUGUCGCCGAGGUGCAGCCUCGGACGUCAUCGACGAGUGCAUUCUUGGAUACCGCGAUUUUCUCCUUAGCAUGUGACUUAGCACGUUAACAUUAUGAAUUCGGCUAUUGCGGAAUUUUCUUUCUGUUAGGCAGAAUUGCGGAAAUAUGACUGCAUGCCAGUUGAAACGAAUUCGAGGAAUUCGUGGAAUUCGACGUGUGUCGAUUGUCAGGAGAAAGACAAUAUUCUCUGUUUCACGAGUAAAGGAAGAAGAUAAAUUAAAGUGACACCAGACGAUCUAUGUAAGAAAUGUAACGUAUGCGAGAGUAGACAGUCUUGUUUCUUUUGUGUCUCUUUUUUCUAAAGAUACAUUUAUCGAGGCGGAAUUAUUUUUUAACACUUCGAUAUUUGUAUAAAGGGCAAAUUAUCGCCGUUUAUAUACAUAAGUGCCGACGUUCAUAUUUGCUAUGUAAGUAUUGAAAUUUUCGCAUUUUUUUUAAUGCAGCACGCAUUUUCUCAACGCGUACGAAUUCUCGUGUGUACACAUGCGUACAUUAUUUAUUCGCGGUCUUUUAUUCCACCUUUUUAUUAAGAUUGCGUUACUGGAAUCUAUUCUGAGAUUCUAAUUAUGUAUCAUGAAACUGUAUAAUAAUAAGCAACAAUAAGUAGCGUUCUUAAAAUAGAAAAUAAUUGUCUAUGAGCCAUUAUAUUUAGAUUACAUAAAAGUAAGUGCGUACUUAUAAAGUAAUCAUAUUAUGACAUACGAGGCGACUCUGUGCGUAUAACACCGUUAAUAACACCGUGAGUCGUGUAAAGUUCUCAAAUAGAAUAAUUAAAUUCAGUGGCAUAUUUUUGUAUGAAAUAAAAAUCAUAGUGCAAAAAAUAUCAAAUGUAUUAAAAAAUAUAUCAUACAUGAUACAGA